AUUGUGUCUUGCCGAUGGCUUGAAUCGCUCAUUACACAUCGCCAUAGCAGCUUUCGCCUCAUUUCACAUUGUGCAGCUUUGUGGGGGAGUGCGAAGAAUAGUAUUUGCUUGCUGUCAAGAGUCUGAGUCUUUAAAGUGCAAUUUUUGUGCUUGCUGAUCUGCAUAGGAUUAUUCUGGUAUUGGGAAGCUAUAGAAAGUAUGAGACCAACAUUCUUGGACGAUAGUAAAAUAUAAAAAUUUUUGGGGGUGUUUUAUAGAAAAUACGUCAUAUAGACCGUACUAAGUAGAUUUAUGACGUUUCCCAUCUUUUUUCUGCGUGUAACGUGCAUUAUUGUAUAGGAUUAUUGUAACGAUAAUUGUAUGCGACAAAGUUCACAAUGGAAGAUCUCCAGAGCAGUAUGGGAGGAUUCGUUGAUUUCCUGUUCCGUAAAUUUUUCGGGAAAUAAUGGAAAGUCUUUAUCGUCAAGAUGAGCAAAAUCAUCGCCGCUGCCUACUAAUCUAUCUGUUUUACGCGUAACAUAAUACGAUAUCUAAGAAAUGUCUCUAUGAGCUGACCUUUGUAACCAAUUAACAAUGGAAGGAUCAUUAGAAGUAAAACAUUCUCUCGCAGGUGUAGAAGAACCUAUAAAGUCUGAAGCACCUGUACAAAAUUCAGAUAGUAAUGAGCGAAGUGAUGAUAUAGCCUCGCCACCUCCUAAUUGUAGCAUCUGUUUGGGAAAACUAAUUAAUACAUCUUUCACGGACAGUUGUUUACACCAAUUUUGUUUUGACUGUUUGGUCAAGUGGUCUAAGAUAAAGACAGAAUGUCCUCUCUGUAAGCAAACUUUUAAGUCGAUCAUACACAGUGUAAGAUCGGAGGAAGAUUAUGAUCAAUAUCAUGUACCUCGUGAAUUGGCACAAUCCCAAAUUCCUCAACCCCAUGUUGUGAGUACUUUGGAUCUUAACUUGGACGUUGGUGUUGGCAGAUGGGAAGAUGUACCACGAUUUGUUUAUAGAACAACAAUGACUGGUAAUCGUCGACAUGGUUUGCUAAAUCCAGAACAAGUUGCUAGACGCGAACAAUUGCCCAGUGUAGCACCUCAAGUACCUAGGGAAGAACGUAGACGUAGACGCGAUAACCCUACCGAUUAUCGACGCACUGUAUAUAGACAUGGAAUAUGGGCUACUUUAUUACCUGACAUAUUCGGUCGCUUUCGUGAAUGUAGUGCUGAAUAUUAUAGGAGAUAUCCUCAAGAAUUGGAUCGUCUUAUACCGUGGUUAAACAGAGAGCUACAAGUUUUACUUGCUAACAGCACGCAUAUUACAUAUGUGAUGAAUAUAAUACUUGAUGCCUUAAGACAAUUUGAUAUUAGAAGUACAGAAUUUCGUAAUCUUGUGCGACCCUAUUUCGAUGUACACACAGAUCAUUUCGCACACGAACUGUUGAAUUUUGCCCGAACCAAUUUCGACAUGGUUGGAUACGAUCAGGCUGUUACUUACUUACCACGUGGUUUAUCGAACGAGUACGCACCUCGUAUUGUUUCACCUACAUCAUCUACAUCAAGCAGCAGUAGUAGUAGCAGCAGCCACAUCAGUUUCCUUUCUGAUAACUCGGAUGUGCGAAUACUUGAAGACGAAGCGAUCGACUUAAGAGUAAACACUGUAAUGCCAACUGUGCUACCUAUGAGUCAACCAGGACCCAGUGCAGUAGGACAACUACUACGUUCGUUAGAAUCAUCUUACGACAUACCGGAACUUUUAGUCCUUUCGUCAACUUCCUCUGAAUCGGAAGGCGAGUGUGAGAUAAUUGGCUACGUGAAACCACGUCACGAAAGAACACCGGAAAUCAUAGAGUUGGUUUCGUCCGAUAACGAGAUGUCUCCUGUUAGAUCUAAUGAAAAUAUACCAUCGACCACGGAAGAAACUGUGCCAGCGAAUUUAUCAUUACCAAGUACGUCUUAUGCCACUAAAGAAAUAUCAUCCGAUUUAUCAUCUUCAUCGACAAGUGCAGAUGAUAAUUCUGACAGCGAUUAUAAUCCUGGAACAAGUAGAAGAUUUCGAAAUCAUUCAAAAAAAUUGUCAUCUAGGAAAUUUGUCGAAAAAGAACAUAAAAAAAUGAACAAGACGAGAAGCCAUAACAAACGAUCUAGAAAUUCAUACAGUUCCGAGGAGAGUGACUUUAAAAAGAGAAGCAGCAGAAAGAUUGUGAAAAAGAGGAUAUACAGUUCUAGUGAUUCCAGCUCGUCCGAAGGUUCAUCGACGAAAUAUGACGAGAAACGUUCAAAAAAGGAGAGAUGCAGCGUUAAAGAACAAAUGAAACUCAAAAAGGAAGAAACCUAUCCGAAUGCAGACGGUGAUAGUGAUAGCAGCACAGAGACUGACAGCAAAACAAAGACCAAGAAGUGUGAUAGACAAUAUGUAUCGAAAAGGAAACGUUCCCUUAGUUCAAGUGAUUAUACAGCGAAGAGUGAGAGAACCACGAGAAGCAAAGAUAGAAUUUGUACCCAAGAAAAAUCGAAGUCUAAUAAUAAAGAUAAUAAAUGCAGACAAUCCAGAUCUAGAAGUACUAGCCUGUCUUCUAAUGUCUCUGAACAAGAUAAAGUAUCAGGAUAUAGGCAUCACGAAUCACGAGGCAGGAGACCGGAUGACAGUGCCUCUACGAAUAAAGUCACAAAAAGGCAAUCUGAAUCCAAAUCAAAAAGUAAAACAUGCUAUUUCUCAGAUUCGGACGAUGAUCAUUUGAGAUCGAGCAGCCAAUGUAGUAAUCGUUCCAACAAAUCCUAUUUGCGUUGGAGACGAUCGAAAUAUAAGGACAGACAUAAAGAUAAGGAUCGCACAAAUAGAUCCAGUAGCAGAACAUUUAAUUCAUCGCAAGAAGCCGCGAGUCCAAUUGUAACGUCGUCCACCUCCGCGAAAAAUGAUGCGCAUCCAACCAAACAUUCCGAUUGCGUGGAGAGUCAUAAGUCAACGCGCUCAGAGUACAAGAAAUCAAAGCAUAGAAAGUUCCACGAUGAAAAGAAGUCAAGAUCAAGGAAGAGAAGACGACGUCUGCGAUCUCUCUCCACCUCUCAGUCCGAAUAAUAUCACUUAUGUAUUAGCCAACAUAUUGUAUAAUAAAUUUUGGUUUAAAAAUGUCAUCUCGUGACGUCGUAUAUAUAACAGGGCAAAGAAUUAAUUUUUAAAAUAAUCAAGUUAACUUCGAGUUUGUAUUCUUCUGUUUACAUAGCUCUACCGUAAUGUCAAGUCUUGCGUAAAUAUAAUUGUCACAAGUUUGUGACACAAAUCGGAUAAUGUUUUAUAAAUGUAUUUAUUAACGUUAUUUUUCUUAAAAAACGAACAUUUACUUUUUAACAUUUGCUUAUAGAAAUGAUAUCAGUGAUAUCAAAGAAUUUUUUCUUAAAGAAAAGAAUCAUUACGUGAUCAUUAUUAAUGAAA